AUGUCCAUAAGCAAAGGUACAAAACGUAUUAUUGAUGAUAUUGAAUUUGAUUCAUUAUCAUUAAAACAUAUUCGUCGUCAUGUUACUUGUUUACUUGAUUUGCCAAACGAAAUUUUAUUUUUCAUUUGUCGUUAUUUAUUUCCGAUUGAUGUUCUUUAUUCAUUUUAUACUCCUGAAAAACCUGAAUUACGUCUUCAUUAUGCUAUUUCUGAUUAUUAUACAAAAAUCAAACUUGAUGGAGUACCUAAUAGUGGAUAUAAUUACUUAUUAGCUUUAUUUAAUUAUUCCAAAAAUCCUCUUCGACCUCAUUCAUUAAUAUUAACUAAUGAAGGUGUAUCUUUUUUAAUUCAACGUUAUUUGUCUUCAGUAUGUACGGGUAUAAUUCGAUCAAUAUUUAACAAUCUUAGAAGUCUUACAUUAAUCGAUUGUUCUUCAGAAGAUCUUGAUAUAAUUGAAAUAUAUUACACACAUAUGAUACAGCUUAAGUAUCUUCAUAUUACUGUUCGGAAGACUGAUGAACAUCUUAAAUGGCCUGUAACAAAAAGCUAUGAUGUAUCAGUCUAUCGAUUUUUAUUUACCAGACGAAUACCUUCUUUACAGACAAUUAUAGUUAAUGAACCUGAUGGAAUUACAUUAUUUAAAACAUUAAUACCUCAUGAAAAUCUUCGUUAUAUUGAUAUUACAGUAGAAACAAUCGAUGAUUUAUAUGUAUUACUUGAUGGACUUGUACCUAACGUAGAAAAAAUGAUUAUACAAAUAAGUCAAUCACGUAUACUUUGUAAGUUUUCGUAG